UAGCAUUUUGUACAGCGUCGAUUGUUUUUUAAAUGUUCGAUAUUCAAAAAUCUAAUUAAUCCAUCGCAACAUGUAAAACACUAUAUAAGAAGUUUUGUUUUAACACAGAUGACCAGUUUUCACCCGGACCUAUCGAGAUCUAACGGUGUUGUACCAGAUGAGAGGAUCAAUAUGUUAAACGCCAGCGCGAAAAUGGAAAAACGGCAGGGCACAGACCAGGCAUCUCUCUGUGAAGAAGUGCAUCAGUUUGGGGAGAGCAGUUCAGUGCAUGGCCUUAAAUAUGUGACAGGACAUUCUUCUAGCUGUUGUAGGAGGGUGAUCUGGCUUUUAUUGGUUUUGACAUGCCUUGGUGUCUUGGUCUACCAGAUCAUAGACCGAGUGCAAUACUUCAUCAGCAAUCCCGUCACCGUCAACGUACAGGUCAACUACAACCAUACGCUCAUGUUUCCUGCAGUGACAAUCUGCAAUCAAAACGCUUUCAAGGCUACUCUAGCGGCAGAAGCUGGUCGGUAUAAAUUGAUUGAGGACAUGUUUACAGAGCCAGAAAAGUUUAAUUCUGAAAGUCUGAAGAAAUAUUCGGCCGGAAACCUAACUCUGCGGGAUCUGUACCUACAAGGGGCACAUAAACAGGAGGAUUUCUUAUUCAAAGUAGUAUGGAUGGGUCAAACAUUAACAGCAAACGACUUCGAGCAAUACGUCACAGAUCAUGGCGUCUGCUACACUUUCAAAAGCAGCGAAAGAGACGGAGAGGUUUCUUCACCUGGUAUAGAGAAUGGUCUCACCUUGACUCUGAACAUAGAACAGUACGAGUAUAUGCCAGGUCCUCACGACGCAGCAGGGAUAAAAAUGCUAAUACAUGACCACACGGAUAUCCCAAUGGUCCACGCUCUAGGUCAAGCCAUCUCGCCAGGAUCCCGCGUCUUUGUGGGGAUGAAGAUCAUUGAAUUAGAAAAUCUCCCAAAGCCUCAUGGAACCUGUCAAGAUAGAUCUUUGGAGUACUUGGAUACAUAUAGCGCCGAGGGUUGCCGUUUAGAAUGUUUGACGAAAAGAGCACACCAAAUUUGCGGAUGCCGCGCUCUGUAUAUGCCUCAUAGAAAUGGAGAACCACCCGUAUGUGAUUUAGAUCAGUAUUAUAGAUGUCUCAAAAAUAUAACAGAAACCUUCCCAACUAUUUUCCAUCGUAUAUGCUCCUGUCCUGUUUCAUGCAAUUUCCGUGUGUUCGAAACAGAUUUAUCAUAUGGCACCACAUCAGACUAUAGCCUGAGAAAAUACCUUUCUUCAAAUGAUACUUCCAAAUUGGCCGUGGAUCUCUUAAAAGCAACUGAAGUUACGUCUAGAUAUGAAGAUUCAAAAUUCUCGAAAGUUAAGGAUUUUUAUGUAAAAUUAUCACAGAAUACUGAAAGUUUAUCACGUGUGUACGAAAGACUUGUGAACAUGGUGGAUUACUUAAUAGACAGAACUGGUGCUAUAUUCGAAGACAUAAAAAAUCAUUACGACUUCAAGGGGUAUUUAUAUAAAUUUCAAAUUUACAAUAUGGAGAAAAAUUUCAUGAGGGCUCGUGAUGCAAUGGAAGAGCGUCAUGUGCAUAUUGUAUCGCUAGGAUACGCAGAAUAUAUAUUAAUCAUCGAGAAAACCAUUCGAAAGCUUUCUGAUCCAAGAUUUCAAGAUAAUUCCUCUCGGCUUUUUCUGUACGAAACACUGAAAGAUAAGAUAGACUGUAGAAUUGAAAUAAUUGAGAGGGUCCUGGUUAAUUACACGUCCUUAAAGAACGCUUAUAGCUCAAGCGAGAGAAUAUUUAACUACCGGUUUAUGGACUCACCUCGAAGCCAUAAUGGCCCUGUGACGCCGAAAAAACUGAUUACCGAUUCCGUAUACCACAAUGAUUAUGCGAACAAAUCAACAGAACGAUAUGAAGAAUAUUUGAAUGACACGGUAAAAGCGUUAAAUUUGUGCAAGAAUUUGGCGGAAAUUGCGUAUGUAAAUGGCAUGGUCAAUGAGACGACGUUGGGUCUAUGUGUGGAAGAUUUCCGUUUCUCUAUGCGUAAUUGGGUGUACAUAAAGAGUUUAUUCUACUAUGAAAUUGUCGACAGGCCUAAGCGAAUACUCCAGGAACGGCUUGAAAACUUUGAAAUGAUAUGCAAUGACUUUCAGUUGAUGUUUCAAAAUAUUAAUCAGAGUCUUUACUCAAUACGUACUGAAAACACAGAUUUUGGUGCAAGUAUAUUGAAGCCGAUAGAAAACAGGAAUCGCAUUCUCCAGCGGUACCUGAAUGCGACCGCAACAAAACUGGAAGUGUCCGAAGUGUUUCUGUCUAACACUACAGAGAGCAUACUAGCGAAAUUUCAACUUUAUUUUCAACUGUUGAAGACAAGGCAGACAACUCUAACAGACUGGGUAACACAACUUCAUUACAAUGCUAAAGGUAUUUGGGAAAGUAUUAUAAACGACGAAGAUUCAUUGGAUUAUUACAAUUUUGUUAAUAAAAGUGAAUAUUCAAGGAAUAUUACGGAGGUUGAAGUUGAUUUGAAUGACAGCUUCACAAUGGUUAUAGACGCCGUGAGAUUUUCUGACGUCAUAGGAGGAAGUGAUGCCCAGCUCCUGUCUACUUUUGAUAGAAUUGUAGAUCACAUGACAGAAUUCAAGAAAUCCUUGAGAAUUGAUAGUAAUUUUAUCAGGGACAAUCUCCUACAGAUAAACAUUUUCUAUCGAGAGAUGAGCUACGAAAAAAUAGACCAGCAAAUUGCUUACAACAUGUUUUCACUAUGGUGCGACAUCGGCGGAACAAUGGGCCUGUUUUUGGGUGCAAGCUUUUUGUCUGUGUUGGAAAUUGUGGACUUCAUCAUUCACAGAGGAAUUGCUCGUGGAAGAACCGCGUAGAUAAAAAUUAUCAAUUUAGGAUAUUCAAUCACGUUGAUAGUUUAAUUGAUGGCGCCCUAGUCAUGUUUGUGAACGACUUUAUAGUGUCCCGGUGUUACAGCUAAUUCGAUCUACCGCAGAGAUUGUCAAAUUCUCAUCAGAGAUGAAUGACAUCAUUAUUAAUGUCCAUUACGUAUGUGCAGCUUGAAGUAUGAAUUUACUUCCAAAGACGAUUCAUCCAGUAUAAUUCAAGUCCUUUGUUGCCUAGAGCUGGUAAUAUUAACACUGCAUGUAUACCAGGUCGGGGCUGUAUUGAUAAUAUAUAUGUAGAUUAUGAUACAAUAAUAUGCGUCAGAUUUUUGUUACACAGAGUAACGUAAUUGUGUUGAUACAGCAGCCCGGACCAGAACUAAUAUAAUAAUACCCGUAUAUUCACCAGACCAACGGCAGCAAGGAUACGUUUAUGUAGAGGAUGGAACGUACAUGUAUCAUAGUUGUAUUUCAUUCUAAAACACAUAAUUACUAGAUAAUUCAUUUAUCAUGAUUCUCUUUCAUUUCAUCUCCGUCAGAUAUUGAUAUGUACAAUAAACAAGAUUCAAACAAA